UAAUUCAACUGCAAUAUAAUACAAAAAUUGAAAAUAGUGUAUAUAGACAAGAAGAGCCGUAAUGAGCAUUAACAUACAAUAAAAUACCAAACGAAACGAAUUAGUUUAAGAGCAACUUAAAUAUUUGAAAUAAAUGGUGCAAAUGAAAUAAACCGAGAAGACCGAAUUCACCUAAAGCAUCCCCACUAAAGUCUUCGGACAUCCGAUAUUCGGAGAACCGAUCGUUGCCAAAGCCAAGAACUAACUGAACUAACUACAAAAUCUAUAUUUUCACAAUAUAAAUAAUAAAACUGUAACUUGAAAGCCUUCUGGCCAAUCAAUUAAAUGUCCAGUUGCCACUAUCGUGCCAUGCGGACGGCGUGUCACUCCCGACAAAUGCGUAUUGUGGUUCACUUUGUUUAAUAUAAUUAUGGCCGAGCGGUCGUUACAAAAGUAUCAGAAAUUGGAUAUAGUGACGGUUGGAAGCGGCUCAGGAAGCAGUGCUAGCAGGGCAUCAACAGGACUCCUUAGGCGGGGGGCACUUGGGUCGAAAGGGAGCCCAUCGCUUAGCUGAUAGAAUGGGUGGCCCGAAAAAAGAGGAAAACCCACCAGGUGGUGGUCCAACGUCAUUGUUUAUCCUAACCGAGGAUAACCCAAUUAGAAAAUACACACGAUUCAUCAUUGAAUGGCCGCCCUUUGAAUACGCUGUGUUACUGACAAUCAUAGCCAACUGUGUUGUGUUGGCGCUAGAGGAGCACUUGCCAAAUGGCGACAAGACAGUAUUGGCUCAAAAAUUGGAAAAAACGGAGGCCUAUUUUUUAUGCAUUUUCUGUGUAGAAGCAUCGCUCAAGAUCCUCGCCUUAGGGCUUGUUCUGCAUAAGCACUCCUAUCUCAGGAAUAUUUGGAACAUCAUGGAUUUUUUCGUUGUAGUGACGGGUGCCAUGACGAUAUUUGCUGAGGCCAAUAUAGAUGUUGACCUACGCAUGUUGAGAUCAUUUCGUGUCCUAAGGCCACUGAAGCUUGUAUCCCGAAUUCCAAGUUUACAAGUAGUUUUAAAAUCUAUAAUCAAGGCGAUGGCACCUUUACUGCAAAUCGGUCUCUUGGUGUUGUUUGCAAUCGUAAUAUUUGCAAUCAUUGGACUCGAGUUUUAUUCGGGCGCACUGCAUAAGACUUGUUAUAGCUUAGAAGAUCCAACCAAACCAGAGAAGGAAGGUGAAUCGGAAACACCUUGCAACACUGAUAAUAGCACAGAGAAGGCCACCGGCAGUUUUGUCUGUAAUAUCACGUCGAGCAUGUGUCUGGAGAAAUGGAUAGGACCAAAUUCAGGCAUAACAAGCUUCGAUAAUAUUGGCUUUGCCAUGCUGACGGUGUUCCAAUGCAUUACAAUGGAAGGCUGGACGUCAAUACUAUAUUGGACCAACGACGCAUUAGGUUCAACAUUUAAUUGGAUAUAUUUCGUGCCUCUUAUAGUUAUAGGCUCAUUUUUUAUGCUCAACUUAGUUCUUGGUGUUUUGAGUGGUGAAUUCGCAAAAGAACGAGAAAAAGUAGAAAAUAGACAAGAGUUUCUUAAACUUAGAAGACAGCAGCAACUAGAAAGAGAAUUAAACGGCUAUGUUGAAUGGAUUUGUAAAGCUGAGGAGGUUAUAUUAGCCGAGGAGCGUACAACGGAAGAGGAGAAAAUGCAUAUAAUGGAAGCUCGAAGACGCAAUGCAGCCAAACGAAAAAAACUGAAAAGCUUGGGCAAGUCCAAAUCGACCGACACAGAAGAGGAGGAAGCUGAGGAAGACUAUGGGGAUGACGGUUAUCUGAAAACGCGUUCGAAACCCCAAGGGAGCUGUACAGGAUUUUGGCGAGCGGAGAAACGGUUUCGGUUUUGGAUACGACACACUGUAAAGACGCAAUGGUUCUAUUGGUUCGUCAUCGUGCUUGUCUUUCUGAACACUGUUUGUGUUGCCGUGGAGCAUUACGGCCAGCCAACGUUUCUCACAGAGUUUCUGUACUAUGCCGAGUUCAUAUUCCUCGGUCUGUUCAUGUCGGAAAUGUUUAUCAAGAUGUACGCGCUGGGUCCGCGCAUCUACUUCGAAUCGUCGUUUAAUCGUUUUGAUUGUGUCGUCAUUAGUGGUUCGAUAUUCGAGGUGAUCUGGUCUGAAGUCAAAGGUGGCUCCUUUGGCCUCUCAGUGCUGCGUGCCCUGAGACUUUUGCGCAUCUUCAAGGUGACCAAAUACUGGUCCUCGCUGCGCAAUCUAGUAAUUUCCCUGCUAAACUCAAUGAGAUCCAUUAUCUCGUUGCUGUUCCUGCUCUUCUUGUUCAUACUGAUAUUUGCACUGCUUGGCAUGCAACUGUUCGGUGGUCAAUUCAAUCUGCGUGGCGGCACGCCCCAGACCAAUUUUAACACAUUCCCCAUAGCGCUAUUAACCGUCUUCCAAAUUCUCACCGGCGAAGAUUGGAAUGAAGUUAUGUACCAGGGUAUUAUAUCGCAAGGUGGUGCUAACAAAGGAAUGAUUUACUCUAUAUACUUUAUCGUUUUGGUACUCUUCGGUAAUUAUACGCUCUUAAAUGUGUUCUUGGCUAUCGCCGUUGAUAACCUGGCGAAUGCCCAAGAACUAACAGCAGCCGAAGAGGAACAAGUCGAAGAAGAUAAAGAGAAACAACUGCAAGAACUGGAAAAAGAAAUGGAGGCGCUCCAGGGCGAUGGUGUUCACCUGGAGAAUGGCGAUGGCACCGUUGCCACCACAAAAGGCAAAGGCAAAAAGAAGGAGGAGGAGAAAAAGGAAGAGGAGGAAGUGACUGAAGGCCCCAAGCCAAUGUUACCAUACUCAUCAAUGUUUAUACUCUCACCAACAAAUCCCAUACGACGUGGUGCCCAUUGGGUCGUUAAUUUACCAUAUUUUGAUUUCUUCAUAAUGGUCGUCAUCUCAAUGUCAUCAAUAGCAUUAGCAGCCGAAGAUCCCGUUCGUGAGAAUUCGAGGCGUAACAAGAUCUUGAAUUACUUUGAUUAUGCAUUUACCGGCGUAUUCACGAUAGAAAUGUUGCUGAAAAUUGUAGACUUGGGUGUGAUACUACACCCUGGCAGCUAUUUAAGAGAAUUCUGGAAUAUUAUGGAUGCUGUGGUCGUUAUAUGCGCUGCUGUUAGUUUCGGUUUCGAUAUGAGCGGUAGCAGCGCUGGACAAAAUUUGUCAACAAUUAAAUCGCUUCGGGUACUGCGUGUACUGCGUCCAUUGAAGACAAUUAAACGUGUUCCAAAAUUGAAAGCCGUCUUCGAUUGCGUCGUGAACUCAUUGAAAAAUGUUGUUAACAUUCUAAUCGUGUACAUAUUGUUUCAAUUUAUAUUUUCUGUUAUUGGUGUACAAUUGUUCAAUGGAAAAUUUUUUUAUUGUACGGACGAAAGUAAACAUACUUCCGAAGAGUGCCAGGGCUCGUAUUUCAAAUACGAGGAAGACGAACUGCUGCCCAAACAGGAGAUGCGAGUGUGGAUGCCACGUAGCUUUCACUACGACAAUGUUGCUGCCGCCAUGUUGACGCUGUUCGCAGUGCAGACCGGCGAGGGAUGGCCACAGGUCUUGCAACACUCAAUGGCUGCCACUUAUGAAGAUAGGGGUCCAAUCCAAAAUUUCCGGAUCGAAAUGUCCAUCUUUUAUAUUGUAUAUUUUAUUGUAUUUCCAUUCUUCUUCGUCAACAUAUUCGUGGCCUUGAUUAUCAUAACAUUUCAAGAGCAAGGCGAAGCUGAAUUGCAAGAUGGUGAAAUUGACAAAAAUCAGAAAUCCUGCAUUGAUUUUACAAUCGGAGCUCGACCCCUUGAGCGUUAUAUGCCCAAGAAUCGCAACACUUUCAAAUACAAAGUGUGGCGCAUUGUGGUAUCCACGCCAUUUGAGUACUUCAUAAUGAUGCUGAUCGUGUUCAAUACGCUGCUAUUGAUGAUGAAGUAUCAUAAUCAAAGUGAAAUAUAUGAAAAGUCACUCAAAUAUAUCAACAUGGGAUUCACAGGCAUGUUCAGUGUUGAAACUGUGCUCAAGAUAAUUGGAUUUGGUGUCAAGAACUUUUUCAAAGAUCCAUGGAAUAUAUUCGAUCUGAUUACCGUAUUGGGCAGUAUUGUGGACGCGCUUUGGAUGGAAUUUGGGCACGAUGAUUCGAACUCAAUCAACGUCGGCUUCCUGCGUUUGUUUCGUGCGGCGCGACUUAUUAAGUUACUCCGCCAAGGAUAUACCAUACGAAUUCUACUUUGGACAUUUGUACAAUCAUUUAAAGCACUCCCAUAUGUUUGUUUGCUUAUAGCAAUGCUAUUUUUUAUAUACGCCAUUAUUGGCAUGCAGGUAUUCGGAAAUAUCAAACUAGGUACAGUGGAAAAUUCUAUUACUAGGCACAACAACUUCCAGUCAUUUAUACAAGGCGUCAUGUUGCUCUUCAGAUGUGCAACGGGCGAGGCGUGGCCCAACAUAAUGCUGGCCUGCCUCAAGGGCAAGGCCUGCGACGACGAUGCGGAGAAGGCUGCCGGAGAGUAUUGCGGCUCGACGCUUGCCUACGCCUAUUUCGUAUCAUUUAUAUUCUUUUGUUCGUUUCUAAUGUUGAAUCUGUUCGUGGCCGUCAUCAUGGAUAAUUUCGAUUAUCUGACAAGAGACUCCAGUAUUUUGGGUGCACAUCACUUAGACGAAUUUGUGCGCAUAUGGGCGGAAUAUGAUCCAAAUGCGACUGGUAGAAUACAUUAUACCGAAAUGUACGAUAUGCUGAAAAACAUGGAUCCGCCGUUGGGUUUCGGUAACAAGUGUCCCAAUCGACUGGCCUACAAGAAACUGAUACGCAUGAAUAUGCCGUUGGACGAUGAGCUGAGAGUCCAAUUUACCACAACGUUGUUCGCUUUGAUUCGGGAGAAUCUAAGCAUUAAAAUGCGAGCGCCUGAGGAGAUGGAUCAGGCGGACAUGGAGCUCAGGGAAACCAUAACGAACAUUUGGCCAUUGCAGGCAAAGAAAAUGCUAAACUUGCUGGUGCCGCCCAUCGAUCAGUUGAACAAGGGGAAGCUAUCAGUGGGUAAAAUCUAUGCAGGUUUCCUUAUAUUGGAAUCCUGGCGCAAUACCAGAUUUGGCCAGAUCGAUUCAGGCAUGCCGAAUUGGAAGGAGCGGAAGAAACCAGAAGAUGAUGACGAUCGUAAAUAUAGCUCAACGGCAGUCGAGGAGCCGAAACAAUCAUUCUUUAAUUGCCUGCUCGAUAUGGCCGCCCUUGACAAAGGAGGAUCGCGACAGGGCUCGAUAAGUUUCGAUCCGAAUGGAGAGGGAGCUGCCAACUCACAGACACACUUGUUAGCCACCACUCAUCAUGCUAACGGUGAUGUUGAACACAACAGUUUGGCAACACUAGCACGUCGGAGUACGAUCAGAAAGCGAUCAGUUAGAAACAAAAAGGUGAAUAAGUUUGAUAAACUCCAAGCGGUAAACCAAAUACAGAAAUUAUACAAAAAAAUGACGCCCAUAGCCUAUCUCGAGUCAAGUUUUCUGUAUACGCGCCAUCCUAGGCACGGCAACAGUCAUCCACGGUAUCCAAGAGGUUCAUGGUCAGCAUCGACAAGUCCGGCCCGUUCGCCUUCGCCUUCUCGUUAUGGUGGUCAUUUGUCUCGCAGUAAACGCACUCAACUGCCUUAUCCCACAUAUGGGACAACAAGUUUAUGUCAAAGAUCACGAUCGCCGAGUCCCGCUCGACUUCAGGAGAUGCGUGAACGAGACAGACUUGGUUAUGGGAUUGAUAUGGGUGGCACGCAUGUGCAGCACAGUUACCCAACGUUAGCCUCACGUCGUGCUGGAAUUGGACGACGCCUACCACCGACUCCAAGCAAACCGUCGACACUGCAGCUGAAGCCAACCAAUAUUAAUUUUCCCAAGCUGAAUGCGAGUCCAACACACACGCACCACUCGACACCCCACAGUGUUCACUCGUUGCCACAUCACCGCGAUUUGUUGCGGGAUCCCAGAGACGUGUAUUAUAGCAGUAGAGAUCGGGAGCGCGAUCGGCUUAGAGAUCGCGACAGAGAUCGCCUGCACGAGUACGAUUUGCGCUACGAGUAUCGAGAUCGUGAGCGCGAACUGUACGAGCGUGAGCGCGAUCGAGAGCGCGAAGUGGAAAGAGAAAGACUGGAAUAUAUAGCACCGCUGUCAUUUGAACAGGCGUUGGCUAUGGGACGAACGGGUCGUGUACUGCCAUCUCCAGUUCUCAAUGGUUUUAAGCCAAAGAGCGGACUUAAUGCCCGACACUCCGAUUCCGACGAGGAGGAUUGGUGCUAGCAAAGGCUUUGAUUGCGA